AUGCUUACUAGUGCAGUGCUUUUUCUUUUGGGUGCGCUUGUCGCCACUUCCAGUGCUUUUCUGGCCGCGUCCAGUAGUAAUGUCGCAUUAUACUGGGGCCAGAACUCCUACGGCAACCAGCAGCGUUUGAGCUACUAUUGCGCAAUGGACUCUGUUGACAUUGUCAUCUUGUCUUUUGUCACGGGCUUCCCAAACUUGUCCUUGAACUUCGCCAACCAAUGCAGUGACUCAUUUAGCGACGGUUUGCUUCACUGUUCGCAAAUUGCAGAAGAUAUCAAGACUUGUCAGGACCAAGGUAAACUUGUUUUGCUUUCCUUAGGUGGAGCCUCGGGAGCUUACGGAUUCCUGAGUGACAGCGAGGCCGAGACUUUCGCCACGACUUUGUGGAACAAGUUUGGCGGUGGAACCGACAGCGAAAGACCUUUUGACGAUGCAGUCGUCGACGGAUUCGACUUUGACUUGGAAAACAACCAGUCCACCGGUACCGUGGCGCUUGGGAAAAAAUUGCGGGAGAUUUUCCUGACAGACUCUUCGAGAAAAUACUACUUGUCUGCCGCUCCUCAAUGUCCAUACCCCGACGCUUCCACCGGAGCAAUGUUGGCGGGCGUAGACAUGGAUUUUGCCUUUAUCCAGUUCUACAACAACUACUGCCAGUUGGGCUCCAACUUCAACUGGGACACCUGGCAAUCGUUUGCCGAACAGACGUCGCCUAACAAGAACAUCAAAAUGUACGUCGGAUUGCCUGGUGCCACCAGCUCGGCGUCAACGGGCUAUGCCGACUUGGCCACCGUGGAAAAGUACGUCACUUCCUCAAUCAAGCUGAGCGCCAACUUCGGUGGGUUCAUGUUGUGGGACGCUUCGUCAGGCGAAAGCAAUGUCGAUAGCACAGGAAAGUCAUUUGCGGCGCAACUCAAGGAGUAUGCGGCCUCUGGCGCAGGUGCUGCUUCGGCCGUUUCUUCUGCUGCCUCUUCUGCUGUCUCUUCUGCUGUUUCUUCUACUGUCUCAUCGUCUGCUCCAGCUAUCUCAUCUGCUACCUCAUCUGCUCCAGCUGUCUCUUCUGCCGUUGUUUCUUCUGCUGUUGCUUCUUCUGCUGGUUCUUCUGCCGCUGUUUCUUCUGCCUUUUCAUCUGCCGUUGCUUCUUCUGCUUCUGCUGUCGUCUCUCCCGUAUCUAGUUCUGUCUUCAGUUCUGCCCCAGUUCUUGUUUCGAGCCCCAUCACCAGCUCUUAUGUUCCUCUCACUUCAUCGGUCUUCAGCCCCGUUCCUUCUGCUGAUCCUUCUGUUCCAACCUUCAGCCCUAACACCCUUGAAACCACAACAGCUGUCUACAGCUCUCCUGCUCUCACCCAAUCACCUGAGGUGUCGCUGGCCCAAGAAAGCUUGGCCAGUCUCACUCCUAUCACCAUCACCGAAGUUUCCGAUGCUUCGACAGUCACCAUCAGAGGAUCUGUGAUCACUCACCGGGUGACAAAAACACGGACUGUUUCGACUCGUUAUGUUACAGUCACGAUCUACAGCGCGCCACCUGUCGGUUGGUAA